AUGGCAUCGACGAGUCAGAUACUGACCCGCAUCGUAUCCGACAUGGUUCCACGGCUCGUGGGCGCGGUGCCCGGCAGCCUCAGGGCGGGUGGCCCAGCGAGCGCGUGCUCGGCUGCGUCCUCGCGGCUCACGAUGGCCACGAACGGCCCCGCGUGCUCUCCUGCGCUUCGAGGCCCCGCGCGAGACACUGCGUUUUCCCGCCACGGCGCCGCCUCGACGCGCCUCGUGGCCUCUGAGGCUGCAGCGGAGCCUGCGAGCGCGGCCGCCAAGUCAAGCGGGGGGGGUCACGUGCCGACAUCGCACCCGAGCCUCGACCUCAACCGCAUCACGCAGCGCAAGUACGACGGGGAUGACGGCCAGGGCACCCCGCUCGACGACACGGCUGCACCGCUGGCACCGGCCCCUACAGAGGCCGAAAUCGCCGCCCUGGUCGACUUCCUGCGCGACAACGGCCCGGUCACGGUGAUAUCCGGCGCCGGCAUGUCCACGGAGUCCAACAUCCCCGACUAUCGCAGUCCGAAGGGCGCCUACUCGACUGGUUUUAAACCCAUGACUCAUCAGCAGUUUUUGGCGUCUCCGGAGAACCGCCGGAGGUACUGGGCGCGGAGCUUCAUCGGGUGGCAGGAGUUCGCGCACUCGGAGCCGAACGACGGGCACUUCGCGCUCGCGCGGCUGCAGCGGCAGGGCUGGGUGCGGCGCAUCGUCACGCAGAAUGUCGACCGGUUGCACCACAAGGCCGGGAACGACGACGUCCUCGAGCUGCACGGCACCACGCACGAGGUCGUCUGUCUGGGGUGCGGCCACAUGCUGCCACGUCAGGACUUCCAAAAGCAGUUGGAAACCCUCAACCCACGUGCGGCCGUAGUCGCCGAGCAGCUCCUCGGCCAGCGCGCGCAGACGCGCAAGCUGCCGCCCGAGACCACGCGGCCGGGCGUGCUCGACGAAAAGGGCCGCUACAAGGUCCCGAAGGUGCAGCCGAGAGACGCGGUGGGCGGCGCGAGCAGCAGCGCCGGCAGCGGGAGCGGCGGGGCGGGCGACGAGGAGGCGUGGAAGAGCGGGUCGGGCGCGCCGCAGAACACGGGCGCGCGGCGGCCGGACGGCGACGUGGAGCUCGGCGACAGCUCGACGCUCUAUGGGAGUUUUGUUGUGCCUGCUUGUCCGUCCUGCGACUCGCCGGCGCUGAAGCCGAACGUGGUGUUCUUCGGGGACAACAUUCCGAGGGAGCGCAGCGACUCGGCGCUGCGCGCGAUCACCGGCGGGGCCGUGCCCGGGACGGACGUGGUGGAAAAGAGGCCCGGGGGUGUGUUGGUGCUGGGGUCGUCGCUGAUGGUGUGGUCGGCGUUCCGGUUGAUCAAGGCGGCGGCCGCGGAGGGGAUCCCCGUGGCGUGCGUGACGGUCGGGGAGACCCGCGCGGACGCGAUGUUCGACAUCAAGGUGCAGGCGCGCAUCGGAGAAGUGCUUUCUCGACUCGCGAUGCAUCCGGAGCUGCAGAUCGGGCCAACCGUGCGCUAG